AUGACGGAAAUGGUAGAUGAAUCGAAUAGGGACUCACGCGCUCAGUCGGCGAUGAAGAACCGCUGGACAUCGCUCUUACACAACCCCAAACUAAUGGCCAUUGCUCUCUUCGCCUCAUAUGUUUCAGAUAAUCUCUUCUGUGCGAACGGUUGGCCCACAUCAAUGUUGCAACUGGGUGGUAUCCUCGGUUCUCUCUCAGCAGGAGUUCUGGGUGAGAUAUUCUCCCAGACGUAUACCAUGUUCUCGGCCUGUUGUUGGGUUGUCCUCGGAAGCUAUCUCUAUUGCGGAGCCAGCUACCACAAGCCCGGUUUGCUAUACGCCGGCAGGUUCUUCACCGGUCUUGGGAGUCGGUCGAAAGCCCAUGCUUUACGCCGGUUCGGCCGUCAUGUGGAUGCGAUGGUCCUGGCUGGCAUCAUCGUCGCCAAGUUCGGGAACGACUCUGAAAAUCAUUCAAACACUGGCUGGGCUGCAAUGGCUUUCAUCUGGAUCUAUGUCGGAGCAUUUGGUGCUACCUGGGGUCCAGUAUCAUGGACACCGGUAGCAGAAAUAUUUCCCCUAUCUGUUCGGUCCAAGGGCUCUUCUUUUGGCGCAUCAAGUAAUUGGAUUUGGUUUUUCCUUCCAGAAACCAAGGGUGCGACAUUAGAGGAGAUGGAUCGUGUAUUCAAGAGUCGCUCGGGAGAGACGGACAUGAUUUUGCUAGAUGAGGCACGUCGGGACGUCGCGAUAGCACACGACGCUACGCUGGAGAUCGAGAAAGAGAGGGUUACUCAUGAGGAAGAGCGU